UUCUAUUCUAUGAACAUUACAUAACCGUGAAAUAUACAAUGACAUAUAUUUAAAUAGUGUUUUUAUUUAAUUAUACCGGAAUUUUCAAUUUUCAUAAACAAUCCAAAUAAUUUUUUUGCAGUACUUCGUUGAGAGGAAAAUGGAGUCUUCGCCAUUCCUGAAAUCACCGUUCACCGAUUUGACUGGAGCUGUUGGUAUAAGUCACCAAUUUUUUGGGGAAUGUGCAGAUAUAGAAAUGAAAACAUUAGAUUGCCUCGAAGCCUACGGAUUGGAUCGAGGUUUGAAGAAAUGUGAUGCCCUUAUCGCAGAUUACACGGAAUGUGCCCGCAAAGUAAAACAAUAUAAUAGAAUGUUUACAAUGCGCAAAGAACGGAAUCGUCAAUAUGCCGCAGGUGAAAGAACAAAGGAGAACCAUUAUGCUCCAUCACCACCAAAUGACAGUUAUUAAUCCAAUGACUUAAGAUUCAAUAAAAAAGUUGGUAGUUCCUUUUGAUGCUGUAAAUAAAAAGCAAAAUUGCCAGUCAAUUUUUUUUCUAGAAAUGAUUUAAGUUUGUAACAUAUUUACUACAAAUUAUGGUUUGAAAUGUAAAUAUUUCUACACUUCAGACCAAAAUAUUAACUUAUUGUUUAGAAUGGAGUUUGCACCUUAGGACAUUGAUUCUAGAAGAGGUUUUUUAUCUAUUCAAAUAAUA